GCUAGUGUGAACGGAGAAAAACGAGCAUUGAAUAGGACCAGUGCUAAAGCAUCGGUGGCACGGCAUUGUUGCAUCGUGAAAUAGAGCAGGGGAGCGUUCUACAGUCAGAUCCUCCGCAGCUACGAUGCAGGCGCAUGAAGAUAGCAAGAUUGCUUCUCCGGGACCCGGGAGCAGUAGCUUCCCGAAGUCUUCCACAUCAACUCCGUCCUUCAGAAUCCCCACGGACAUCCUCGAUGACCUGUGCUCUCGCUUCAUCAUUAACAUUCCAGAGGAGGAACGGCAGGACCUUAUUCGGGUCUGCUUUCAGGUGGAGUUAGCUCACUGGUUCUACAUCGACUUCUACUGCCCAGACAACGCCAACCUUCGCUCAGUAGGCAUGAAGGAAUUCACUGCUCAGGUGUUCGGUCACUGCUCGUUCCUGAUGGAGGAGGAGGAGCGCUCGGUCGAGCGCAUCCUCGACGAGUGGCGCGAGUACAAGAUGGCCGUGCCGACGUACGGCGCCAUCAUGCUCGACACCGCCAUGGAGAGCGUGCUGCUCGUGCAGGGCUUCUGGUCGAAGGUCAGCUGGGGCUUCCCGAAGGGCAAGGUGAACGAGGAGGAGUCGGCGACGCGGUGCGCGGCGCGCGAGGUGCUCGAGGAGACCGGCUUCGACGUCGACGCGCUCAUCAACGACGACGACUAUGUCGAGUACGCACUCAACGGCCAGACGAUCCGGCUCUACAUCGUCACGGGCGUGCCGCUCGACGCCGAGUUUGCGCCGCGCACGCGCAACGAGAUCCGCGCGCUCCAGUGGUUCGCCAUCGCCGACCUUCCCGCGCACAAGAAAGACACGGCGGCGGCGCGCGGCGCCGGCGGCGGAGUCGGUCUCAAUCCGAACUCGUUCUUCAUGGUGAUCCCCUUCGUGAAGCCGCUGCGGCGGUGGAUCUCGAACCAGCUCGGGAAAGGCGGGGACGGACAGCAGACGGGCAGGCAGCGAAGCCGCACACUGGAUGACACGGACAGACAGAAGCAGAAGCAGAGGCAGUAUUUCGCUCAGCAGAAUCAGAAUGCACUCAACGAAUCCCAGACCCUGAGGAACGCACGUCACACCGCCUCCUCCCCCCGCAGCCGGGGGCGGGGCACGCGCGGCACCCGGGAGAGGCACGAGAGCAUCAAGGAGCACAAGGAGGACCGCUGCUCUCCCGUCAGCGCGACGAAACAGAAGAAGGAGGUGAGCCGGGACUCCGCGGCAGGAGGAGGGAGCGCGGAG